UCCUGGCUGCGACGGCGCCACGAGGACCUUUGAGCAUCGUCCCGGGCCGAUGUCCCAGGUGAGUGGCCAGCACCCCCCUCACUGCGACGCGCCCCAUGGAGCCCCCAGCGCAGCCCCGGGCCCAGCCCAGACCCCAUCCCUCCUCCCUGGGCUGGAGGUAGUGACCGGAUCUGCUCACCCCGUGGAGGCAGCGCUUGAGGAGGGCUCCCUGGAGGAAGCAGCGGCACCCUCCAUGACCCAAGGCAAUGACCCUGGGCCCCCCCAGGCCCUGGACAGCACUGACCUCGAUGUCCCCAUAGAAGCUGUGACACGCCAGCCCCAGGGGAACCCCUUGGACUGCACCCCACUAGUGGCGAAUGGCUCUGGCCACCCCUCGGAGCUGGGCGGCACCAGGCGGACGGGGAACGGUGCCCUGGGUGGCCCCAAGGCCCACCGGAAGUUGCAGACGCACCCAUCUCUUGCUAGCCAGGGCAGCAAGAAGAGCAAGGGGAGCACCAAGUCCGCUGCCUCCCAGAUUCCCCUCCAGGCGCAGGAAGACUGCUGCGUCCACUGCAUCCUGUCCUGCCUGUUCUGCGAGUUCCUGACGCUGUGCAACCUGGUCCUGGACUGCGCCACGUGCGGCUCCUGCAGCUCCGAGGACUCAUGCCUCUGCUGCUGCUGCUGCGGCUCCGGCGAGUGUGCCGACUGCGACCUGCCCUGCGACCUGGACUGCGGCAUCCUGGACGCCUGCUGCGAGUCGGCCGACUGCCUGGAGAUCUGCAUGGAGUGCUGCGGCCUCUGCUUCUCCUCCUGA